AUGACUAUGGAAAAAGUAAUUUUAUCAGUUAUAUUUUUAUCAAUGCCAAUCGUAAAUGGUCUUCCAUCAAAUACAUAUUAUUUAAUUGACAUUUAUAAUAGUGCUUUAUCAAAUGAGAGUUAUUGUUCAAAUAUAUUAAUUAAUCAAGAAGUAUAUCGUAUACCUGAACAAUGUCAGCAUCAUCUACUUUGUACUCCAUACUAUUGCGAUGAUAAAUCAUUUCGUUGUAUUAAAAUACGCGAAGCAUUAUGCUGUUUAUAUAAAUAUUUUCAAUCAAAUUGUCAACAAGAUAAUACUUUUCGAGUGAAAGAUCUUUUUCGUUCAGUCUAUUUUCAAAUAUCAAUAGAACAUGGAUAUUGUGAAAUAAAUUUAGAAAGAAUCGAAAGAAAUGAUCAAGCUUAUUGUAUUGCUAAUGAACAAGAAACACAACUGACAACAACACAAACAGUACCAACAAUUGUAUCAUCUCCAAUUCGAUCAUCUGUUAAAUAUUUUCAUCGACGUCCAUCAUUAUCAUCAUUAUUACAUCAUCAUCAUCAUCAAAGUCCACAUCUUAUAGCUGCACGGCAAAAUUAUUCAAUGCUAUUAAAUUCGGAUCAUUUACGACGAUUUACUAUAAUUGAAAAUGUUCCAUCGACAUCCUCAAGAAUUUUUAUAAAUUGUUUUCUUAUUAUCAUUUUCUUAUUGUCAAUAUAG